UAAAGAUUUUUCAUCCUUAGAGGAAAUAAUAUUUCAGUGUAAAUAAUGGCUUUUAAAUCAUCAUGGAUAUUAUUUUGAUGCAAAUUCGAGAUAUGAUAGUGGAGAAAAAUCGUUUCCAAUCUUGGCUUGCUGCAGUCGAUACCAUACUCUGUCUUUAUUCAAAAGUGGUUUGGCGCGGUCUCUCGGUUAAAAGACGUUGAGCGUGAAUUGUCCAUUUUCUUCUGAUAUUUUCAACCAUUUCCAGACACGAUUCUGGUUGUAAUUAUGAACUGAUGAUGACCAAGUUUGUGGAGGCUCUUACUGAUUAAGUAUUGAUUGUUCUUGACAUGCUUCUCGUGGAUUUUGCCGGGAGUUUUUAAAAGUUGUGUCAAUAUCUGGUAAAUCAAAUGCCUUUGCUGGACAAGAAAGAUUUCCGAGUUGACCCUCCUCCUUUGGAUUUGAAAGAUGAAGAAGAAGUUUUUGUUUGCAGACAAACGAAUGAGGUUUUUCGUGAUUAUGACUCCUUCUUCAAACGGACAAUACUUUGUAAUAGUUUAGUAUGGAGUUGUGAGAUUACCCUUAGGCACGGUUUGACCUACGAAGAAGCUUUAGAAUCUGAGCAAGAUGCUAGAGAGAUAGUGGAAGAGAUCGCGGAACCCAUAAAGAGAGGUGUACUGACUUUGGUCCAUUACACACGACAUACUCGUUUGGCUAAUUUAUGCGACGAGCUAUUCAACUACAUGCGUGAGCGUUAUCAAGAAGGAGAAGAAGUACAUGUCAAUUACAAAAGAGAAAAGUUACAAGGCACUAUUCAUAAUGUUGUUGAACCCACGCUACCUGCAAAUGGAUUUGACUCACCACCAAAGUCCACAAAUAAUUUAAAAUCUCCAGAAAAUAAGUCCGUCAAAUCAGGCAAAACACCUAGUAAGUCGAAUGCCAUGGUAGUUUUGUCAGAUGAUGAAGGCACAAGCAAGAAAUCUUCAUGCACAAGUCCAACAAAUUCAAUGAAGAAAUCAGUUUGGCCUGAUGCCAAGAAUUAUGAGUAUGUUGUAAAAGUGAAAAGAACCAAAAGUACUCAUGAAGAUCUUACCAUAAAAGGGUCUUGCAUAAGCCGUAGAAAAGGAUCCUUUACUCGUGAUAAACUUAAGCUUCUCGUCAAAGUGAUGUGUUAUCGCACUUCAUACUGGAAAGUGAAAGAAGAAUACCGGGAAACGUAUGAUCUACCGUCUAUCGUUGACGACGCUUUAGAGAAUUCUUCAAAGAAACGAAAAAGAAACGACGAUAGCGAAGAGAGCAGAAAGAAAUCAAAGAUUUCUUCUUCUGCAAAUGACAAGAAAUCAUCUUCGUCUACUGCCAAUGACAAGAAAUCAUCUUCAUCUACUGCAAAUAGCAAGAAAUCAUCUUCGUCUCCUGCAAAUGGCAAGAAAUCAUCUUCGUCUACUGCAAACGACAAGAAAUCAUCUACGGUGGAAAACGGAAAGAAAUUAAAAAAGGUUCCGCCCGAGGAAAUUGAACGAAUGAAAAACGAGUUAAAGAUACAGCGAGAAAAAGAAAAGGAAUUGCGGAAACAAGCCCGUGAUAAGGCUCGUUUAAAGAGAUUCGAACUUCUUAAGGAACAAAAAAUGUUUUUAUUACAUUGGUGUGUACCACUGGAAGACUUGAAACUUGAUGAUCACAAGGAAUUACCCGUGUGUAAAGCAAUCGAGUGUAACUUUCCAACUGAGUGUUUUGCCGAUAUCGUCAUGGUGCUGGAAUUUCUAUUCGUUUUCAGCGAGUUGUUCAAUGGCAAGCAAGAUUUUCCCGAUGGCGUUUCUCUAGAGCUUCUUGAGACUGCAUUAACGGAACACGACGCCGAGGGAUCAUUCUACGAUAUUAUUCGCUUUCUUCUUUCCACCAUUUUGGCAACACAUGCCGAGGAAGUCGAAGAAGAAGGGCUUGAUGAUAUUGAUCACGAGAAAAAUAUGAAGGGUGAACCGAACAAUUCAAGUGAAGCGGACGAAGAUAGUGAUGUUACUCGAGUAAAGAAGGCAAUAUCUACUUCAGCGACAAUGGCCGCGUCGUGGGCUCUGGUGCAUCAAGGGAAGGGUCUUCACGAGCUUGCGCUUGAUCCUUUUACAUGUUCAGAAAUUCUAAGAUUGCACAUCCUUUCAUCUGGUGCCAAUCUCGUUUCUGGCGGAGACGCUGAGCCUUAUCGUUGGCAAAGACGUGGCGGAUUUACCCUAUCAGACGACCAUCUCGUAACGUUUCAGCGCGAAGAAAGCGUCAUUAUGAGGGGCCUGGUAACUGGUAAUAUCUACGAUCUGAAAGCUUUUGAAAAAUUGAAGAUACUUAAAGCAUUAUGCUCUCAGUUGCUGACGUAUGCUACAACACGUGACUUCAUCGACGAUGGUUUUGACAGGUGGCGUAAAGCAAAGCGGGAACUGCAAGAAGAGCAGUGGGCAGAUCAGAGAAAGGACAAAGAAGAGGCUGCGGCAAAAUAUAAGAAACGUAUGGAAGAGAGGGCAAAGGAAAAGGAAAACAAAGCUAGCGCUGGAAAUCCUGAAAAAGACAGUACAAAUAAAGAGCCUGCUGUUACUGUAUCCAAUGAUUAUAAUGACGACCAAAUCAAGACUCAUACUAGAAGCCGGGGUCCCAUCGCCGAGCAAACGAUGAAUGCAAAAAGGAAUGAAGAAAGUGAAAGGUUUGAGAGAAAAGAGAUUUUGAGAAAGAAAGAAAAAGUAUUUUUGAAAGAAAUCAAGAAAAGCCAGUCAAUGGUUGGUGUACAGCCGAUAGGUCGGGAUCGAUUGUUUCGACGUUAUUGGAUUUUUAAUUCAUUACCAGGCCUUUUUAUUGAGGAUGAUGAUCCCAACUUAUUCACAUUUCUAACACUGGAUGAUGAAAGCUCCGAGCUUAGUGAUGAUGACAGCAGUAGCGUGGGUUCAUCCGUUGCCACUGAAGAUCGCCCGUUGUCAUCUGCAACGUCAGCUGUUUCUGAGAGUCCAUUGAGUAUCACAUCUUUGUCGAGGGAACAAAUCGAGUGUGAAAAGGAUUUAUGUCGGAUUUUGAAACUAUACAACAUUCCCGUGGAUAAUUUACCUCGUUUGUGUGUGCUGAACUCUGGAGUACAAACUUUGAGAUUGGAACAAAUGUACUCACGAAUAAAGAAUCGAGAAAUAAAACAGUGGUCAUAUAUUUCAUCGAAGGAUGAGCUUGAUUCACUUUUAAACUCAUUGAAUCCUCGAGGUAAUCGAGAAAAACAUCUUCGUGAGGCGCUUAUUGAGUCGUAUGACGUGAUUGUGAAAGGACUGGAGAAUAAUCCCUUCAGUCAUGUGAACAAACAGCGCCGAGAUAAGAUAAAUGCUCGACCCAAGUCUGCAUCGACGCGUAAUCAAUCAGUCAAUAAGGCGAUGUAUAAAACAAUGGAAGAUUUUAUUGAGGCGAGCUUAAGGGAUCAGAUGCUUGAUUUGGAGGAUCGGCUAUGGCAGGGUGGUCUUGGUGUGGUGAAGGUUGAUGAUGUUGUUGCAUGGAGAAAACAAAUGGAGAAUGGAAUAUAUGAUUUUUUACCUGAUGACUCAAAUGUAUCUGUUGAUGAGAAUUCUGGAAAGGUGAUCAAUCAAGAAAACGAUCAAUCAGUGCAAAUGAAUGACCAAUCAAAUAAUAGUACUGAUGCGGUUACUGUUAAUGAGAAUAUGGAUGUUGAUCGGUCUCUUUCAUUAACGGGGAAAGAUCUCGAACAGAAGGUGUUUUAUAAUCAGAUCUAUGAAAGUCCCGAGACACGUUUGGAGAGAUCGUCGACCUCAACACCUACCUCGUUCCAAACUCCUCAUACCGUAAAUCCAUGUAUAAGAAGUCUGGCUGAAGCAUUAAUACAAAUCGAGCGAGGUAUAGAAAAGAAGUAUUUGAUUCCUCCCCUCGGAAGUGAGGUAGAUUUGAAUGAUGGUAAGAAGAAAAAAGAUCACAGUAACGAUAAGACAAAAGGAAAGUCACAGAAAUCAUUACUCGAGCGCUGGGAAGAUUCUCUCAUGUCGUGUACGAAUCUUGCUCAAGUGUUUAUCCAUUUAUCAAAUCUUGACAACUGCAUAUCAUGGGAUAAGUCCGUAUUGAACGCUCGCUGUAGUAUAUGUCGACGUAAAGGCGAUGCUGAACACAUGUUGUUGUGUGACGGCUGUGAUAAGGGAUUUCAUAUGUAUUGUUUAAAACCACCUAUCAGCAAGGUUCCCGAAGGCGAUUGGUUCUGUAGUCAGUGCCGGCCAGCGGAGUCUCGUCGUAACAUACAACGCCGUAAACGUGAUAAGAGUAGAGAUGAAGAUGAAGCAAAGGAAGACAUAAAACUUUUUGAGAACACCCAUGACGUUGACAACGACAAUGAUGAAAACGGAGAGGGGAGUGGUGACGAGAAUGAAGAUAAUGAUGAUGUGACCGAGGAUGAAGAUGAUUUUAGCGAAGAUAAUGAUGACCAAGAUAUGGAGACCAAAGAAGAUGAAGUAAACCAUAGUGAUGAUGACGAAUCCGUCCACAUGGAAACUUGCGCUUGUUGUGGGGCAGAGGGUGAAUUGUUAUGCUGUGAAACAUGUCCGCUGGUCUAUCAUGUCGACUGCGCUUAUCCUCCGUUACGGCGUGUACCCCGGGGGGAGUGGAUAUGUCAGGUGUGCUCCGGCGCGGAUCGAGAUUUGCCUACAUCAAGAAGAAUUAAAAAAUCUAUUAUUAGAGAUGCUCGAAGCACAGCUAAAAAGAAAGACAAUACAAAAUCAAAGAAGCCAAAAAUCUCUACUACAUCUGCGCCAUCUAAAUCCACGACUAAGAUCAAUAAAGAUACAAAAAAAACAGUGACAACAACACGUCAUAAUAAUUUACUUGACGUCUUGGUAAAAGUUGACUACUUACAAAAUACUCCAGUUACUCGCCGAACUGUAAAAAAAUCAAAUACCCAAACACCAUGCGCAUCUGCUAGUCGUCGUUUGCCCAAUUCUGCGCCUGCGAAAACUUCCAGAAUGUCAGCAGCGCUUGUGAAACAAUGUGAAAAACUUUUGAAGGAGUUAACAUGUCAUGAGGAUGCUUGGCCUUUCCUUUUUCCUGUUGACGCCAAUAAGGUACCUGAUUAUCACCUUGUUAUCAAAGCUCCAAUGGAUUUCCAGACGAUUCAGAAAAAACUGACUAAUUGUGAGUAUUGUUCUACCGAUGACAUCGCCAAAGACAUCAGGCAAAUAUUUUUUAACUGCAGUGAGUACAAUAAACCUCGUGCAAAAGAGGCCAAGGCAGGUGUUCGUCUGUCUGCGUACUUUGAAACGCGCUUCGGUGAAUUGGGACUUGAUUUUAGCGAGCCGCGCGGUCCUAGAACUAGACGUUCGCGUUAAUUGUGCACUAAUUUGUAAGACAAUCUCAUUGCUUAUUUUGCAACAUAGUGAACUCUUUCUAAAGUCAACACUUUAUGCAUGCACUGAACUUAUGACUGUAUUUUGUUAAAAAUAUUAUUGCUCCGAACAUAGUUGAAUACUGUAAGAAGAAAAUCACAAAAACUGCUAUUUUUUAUGUGAGCAUUUUUGGGCAUUUCCUUUAAAAAGGCGUCUCAACUUUUUGUAAGCAUUUGUGACAGUGUUUGUUGAUCAGCAAAAAUAAAGCGGUUUUAGAGAGAGUUCACCAGACAUGUUUUAUAUCUAGUUGUAUAUUGCUACGAAUUCGAACGAUUUAUCCAAAUCAUUGUUGAUUUCCUCACUAUUUAUCCUUAAUAUUUAAUGUCCAUUUCCCCCAUUAAGUCGGUGUAUUUAGCUGCGUUGAACUUUGUGAUUUGUUGCUGCGAAAGUUUGCUUAUUACGUACGUCGUCGUCAUAAUUAAUGGCGACAUGUUCAUACCAUUCAAUAUAUUUUUAUUUAGUAAACAUUUAAAUCCAAAAAACAUCUUUUAAGCUGGCGUUUUUUAACAAUUCGGGUAAAUUAACAUCUUACCAUCUUUUUGUUUCGAUCAAUUUAAAACAUCGAAUUUCGAUGCAUAUUUUCCAUGGUGUAUGUGCAAACUCGAGCCUUGGUAGUUUUGAAAAGAACUGUGAAAACAGAAUUACAAAACAAAUCGUGUGCCACUGAAUUUUGGCCAUUGAUAUGUUUAUUAAGCUGGACAACACUUUUGACAAAGUCGCACCUUUUGCAUUUAUGUCUCUUUAACUCACUUCUUAUGGAAAAAAGUACUAUCAAGUGGAAAAAUGAUCUGUAAAAAAUUUAUAAACUGAUAAACCUUUAACUCACUUCUUAUGGAAAAAAGUAUUAUCGAGUGGAAAAAUAACCUGGAAACUGGACAACGCAUGUACACAAAUGAACCAAUUUUCACACAAGAUGCGUUAUCCCGUUUCAUUUUCUCAUCAAUGACUUUGGCUCAUUUGGUGUGAACUUUUUGUAAAUGUUUUUGUUUUGUUAGCUGUUAGUGCGUGAUGGAUGAAUUUAUUCAUAAUUUCAUUCUUUGAUCAUCAUCAGCCUGCAAACUGAUGAAAGUUGAUCAAAACACUCAGAUAAUUAGCAGAUGUUCACACCUGCUAUAAUACUGUUUACCUAAGUUAUUUAUUUCAUAAUUCUGUUUGAACAGUUAUUUUCAAAAUUAUCUGGGCAAUGCUUGCCAUUCCUCAAAGAGAAUACCCUUGAAAAGCAAAGUUUAUCGCUACAACAUCUUUGUUUACUAUUGCAUUUAUUUUUCAUAUACUUUUAAUAACGCGUCACUUUCCAUCAAAGAAGUUUAAUACAACCAAUGAAAAUGAGAUUCGUUAAUUUUUAUUUGUUAUUCCCACAUGCGUUAUGGGUGAAAUGAUUUUCAUAAAAUUAAAUUCUUGUAAAUUUAUACAUACGCAUUUUAUACACCAAUUUUUUUGUUGGUUCUUCAGUUUAAUAAAACAAAUGAAAUUCUUGUCGAAAGAAAAA